UUGAAGGCAGUGGACCUGUCGAUAUGUUAAAAAGGAACAAUUAAUGCUUUUUAUUAUUCGUUUUCUUUGGAAAAUGACGCAUUUCAUUCAAUGCAAGAAUUGAUUUAUUGUUCAGAAUUAGAAGGGGACCCUAUAUACUGGUAUAGUGCUUUACACGAACACAAUUACUGAAAAGACUGUACAUAAGAGUCCUGAUUCUAGCAUGGCGGAAAAUAAUGUUAACAGUGAGAACAAAUGCAUUGAGGAGAUUUUGAAGUGUCCCAUCUGUCUUGAAAAGUUAAGGGAACCACGGUAUCUACCAUGUUUACACACAUUCUGUACCCCGUGUUUGCGAAAAUAUAUCGCCGGCCCCUGGACUCAACCAGUGGAAUCCUCCAUUUGGGAUUCUCUUUGUCAAUCGUUUCAAAAUCAAACCGUGGAUUCUCUCAGUGAUAUGUCGAAGAAGCACGGAUUCCUGUGUCCUGUAUGUCGAAAGCACGUAGAUAUUGAUAAGAAGUACGAGAACAGAGAAGUGUGGAUCGAGCAAAUUCCAACAAAUCAUUUUAUGAAUACUUUGUUGGAUAAGUUGUCAAUUGAAGAAAACAAGAAACAAUGCGAUCCAUGUUUUUCUCAAGGCAGCAGUAAACUUGCCACCUCCUGGUGCCUGAAUUGUCACGAGGCUCUCUGUCAGAAUUGUGAACAGGAUCACAAAAAAUUCAGACUAUUCAGAAAUCACAUGCUUUCAGAUUUAAAAGGAAAAGGCACAGAGAAAAAGGGUCAAAUCAUUGGUUUUAUUCCAUGCCCAGAUCAUGGAUCGGAAGAUGCCCAAAUAUUCUGUCAUAAUCAUCGGAGUGCAUGCUGCACCAUCUGCGCCACAAUCAAACAUCGAGCAUGUCAGGAAGUCACUUCAUUAAAAGAUGCUGCAUUAGAGGCAAAAGAGAGUUCGGAAACAAAGAGUUUGAUAAAAAGAUUAACAAAUAUGGCUAAUCAAUUGAAGAAAGCAACAGAAGAAAAAGAGAAAUUCCGCAAAGACAUAGAAAGCGAAUCUUCAGCGAUCAAAAUCAGGAUUGAAGAAUUUAAGGAAGACGCAAAAUCGAAGUUAGAUGGCAUGUGUUCUUCUCUCCAAACUCGUCUUCAGUUUGAAACUCAAAGUGCUGAUUUUGAAAUAAAUAAUUCCUUACUUGAUAUUUCUCGCGUUUUCAGUCGUUUGCAGCAACAUAUUCAGAUUUUGGAAGCAUCGAUUUCACAAGGGUCCAAUGAAGAGUGUUUAAUUGAACUAGAAACAGUGCGCGCCAAUGAAAGAGACAUUAAAAAUGAUGUAAAAGAAAGCUUAUUGAAAAAUACCCCCGAAAAGAUAUCCCUCGAGCCUACUUGCUUUUUUCAGAUGAGAUGGCCCGUGACGCUCGCUGAUAUUCGUGUUUUGAAAUCAUCGGUAUCCAUCAGCAAAGAGAUUCAGUAUUAUUUAUAUGAAAAUCCCCCUAGAUAUGAACAGAACCGGGGAAAAGCCAUGUCUCGUCAAGAAAGAGUUUUAUUAAGAAAGGAAAAUUGCAUGUAA